AGUCGAAGCGAGUAAAUGGCACGCGCAGAAGAUCGUAGGCGGUUUAUAUCUGGGAGAGACGAGAGCCGACACGUCUGUCAGGUUCCGUUACGUUCAAUGCAACCAAGUGCCAGGGGGAACCCCCAGGUUCCCAAUCCUGGCUUGUUACGUCCAUUUACACCUCCGGAUCUUUCUUCUAUACCUCAUAUGGACAGUACAUCCCCACAAAACAGUGGUGUUCGUAACAGUUCAUCAUCUGUAACUGGUCGAACAAACGAUGGAAUCCAAGAACAAUCCGGGCCUUAUAUCAUCGGUAGUCCUAUCGACCUCGGCAACAUCGAUAACGUCGAUAAUAUUGGCCUACAUAUAGAUUCCCUGGCGACUGGACAUCGAAGGACACGUGAACACAUCGAACUGCAGGAAGCUGGAGCGCACGAAACGAGUUCUGAAGGUAUAAUAUCAGUGGUGCGGAGCUACCUCCAACCCACCCCAGCGGAAGUGUCCUUGGCCUAUAGUCUACGAGCACCGAGGUUGUUUAUUGAUGCAACCUUACAUAUCUCCGUAUUCAUGGAAAAUACUGGUGGAGUACAGCACGGUGCUGACGCCAACUUGUUGCCGGUAGCAGGCGCAUGCGUUUUCGGGGUAACACGUGUACAGGGCUGUCACAUUUUGCGAACACCCUCUUGAUAGUAGUGUAUUAUACUUAGGAACUUGUAUUUUUAGUAAUUCAAGUAACAACUUUUUUGGUAUUAUAUAUUAUAUAUUAGAAAUAUCAUAUAGAUGUAAAAUAUUAUAUAGAUAUAUUCAUUUAUUAAAUUAUAUUCCCAUUCAAAAUUGUUUUUUUUUUAAUUAUAUUAAUAUUUGUUAUGUUUUUUCAUUUAUUUUAAAAUUACAAAUAAAAUUUGAAUAUUAAUCUAAACCAAAAAUUAUCCAAAUAUCUAGCUUGUAUAAAUUAUUCAAUCGUUGACAAUCUAGUAGACUAUAUAUACCGCGGUAGAAAAACCGAUGAUGACCAGUGCCACCUACGAAGUAAAUUCAGUGUCUCCCGAAAAUUCGCAGGCGUGAUAUGGUUACGGAAAUUCUUAAUUCGAGAAUUUUUGUGAAGUAUUUUUGGUUCUAAAUAAUAAUCUUAUGUAGAUUAAUUAAAUAAGCUUAUAUUAUACAUUCACGUUUCCAUUAGAUCGGCAGGGGUGUGGCGGUAAGCGCGAGGCUUCUUCUGUCACAAUGACGCAGAUAUGUAGUUUGUUUAACCGAUCGUUAUUUCGAGUAGAAAAGUGUUCGAUCAGUGUAUGUUAACUACUGUUUUAU